AUGGGUGCGAAAGUGGGUUACUAUGAUCCAUUCGGGGUCUGGCCCGAAGUGCAACAACACAUACAUCACCAAUUACCAUUUAAAAACACGCAUGUACAGUUAGAUGUCACUCAAACAUACAAGACUAUUAGCCAACUCCCAGUUCACUUUGUCGAAGAGGUACCGAAAACUAGCGACUACCAUUCUACUGAGGAGGAUGAAAGUAUCAAUAAUUCCAUAUAUACGCGGCUAAUGUUUGUCAAAUUCAACGAUAUUGAUACCUACAGAGGCCAAGUGCGACCGUUGAUCCGAGAAUGGUUGAAGCAUUUGGUGUUUCGAAAUCGCAAUUGCACAUGGAUGAUUAUAUUUUACAUUCCGCCAGAAGGAAAGGAUCGACAUAGCAAUUUGAUCAAAACCUCGCAUUUCGAUAAACUCAAGCUCGAUUUUGGCGCACUGGGUAAGCAAUUGGGAACAAUAUUACCAGGCGCAGAGGAGUUUCUAAAAUUACCUGGAGAACGAUGUUUCAAGUUAAAAGUAGGCCACGAUGCUGAUAUUUGGAACGAGUUUGCUGCUCAACUAAAAUCGCAACUCGUAUCGGCUUUUUGUGAAAGAUACUCUAAAUACAAGACAGCUGUUCAUGAGGGAAAAUUCUCAAGCCAAAUACUAGCAAAACUUAAAAUGUACUAUUUGUUUUGUGAUAUGUGUCUUUUACAGGAAGCACGUUUAUGGAAUACUAAAUUAAUUGACGACUUGCGUAGGGUGGCUCCUCAAGAUGAUUAUGUCUUUCAGCAUAAAGUGAAAAACAUUCCACAGUCUCUUGAUGAUUUCAAACUUCAAACCAUGUCAAAUGAGCACAGUUUAAAAGAACAGUUGUUACAAGGAGAAAAUAUCGACUUGUUUGGAUUGCGAUGCUUACUCUUUACAAAUGAAGGUAGUAUAUCCGAGAAACUUGCCGUGAGUGCAUUUGAACAAUCGCUACUUCCCACAGCAUCGAAAGAAAUUGCACACUUGUUCCAAAUUUUGAUUGUGUUUUUGAGGGAUUUGGAGGUUGAUUUUAGCCGCCACUACGAAUUGGAAUAUGUGAUUAUACAACAGUAUUUAGCAUUGCCCAUUGUGCGAGAAUUGUUUGCAUAUGAGCCCCUGGACCCCAAUGAUGAUAGUUUGGGACCGGCUUUUCUUGAACUAGUGGAAGUGAUUGCAGAAAUUAAGAUGGCUAAACGCUUUAUAAUAACCAAGCUCGCAGAACGUAAAGGGUUCCAUAUCGAGGCAUUGGAAAGUAUUAUACUUGACGAAGUCGAUAUAAAUGAACUGCAAUUACCCACGAAUCUGAUCAACUUUAUCGCUUCAUCACAAGAAUUGCUGCAGAUACUAAAAGACAAAGAUUCAUUUGUUCAGUAUUUUGAAAGCAUGACAGAGGAGAUUAUUGAAGAUUUUGACAAGUGUGGCAGAGGUCGAACAGUUGAUAUCCUCUCGCUCGAUUUGGCAGCUGUCAGUUAUGAGAGAGGCGACUAUGAAAGUUGCUUAGCCUCUUUGACUCAUGAAUACUAUAAUCGAAAUGGCUGGGACUUGAUUGGAGGUGCAUUACUCGAUAUCUACUUGAAGUGCAUGGAAAAAUUAGGGCUUGGAAAGAAAAGAGAGACGCUCAUUGCAAGUGCUGAGCUUUUCUCUAGAUUGAAUUCACUAGAGGUCUUUGGUUUCAAUAAAAAAGCAAAGAAGCUUUAUCAAUCAAUCUUGGAAUUUGAAUUUGACGAUGGAUUGGAGGGUAAUGAAAAAGAAGGAGAAGAAGAAGAAGAAGAAGAAGAAGAAGAAGAAGAAGAAGAAGAAGAAGCAGGAGAAGUAAAAAUUAAAGGACCAGUUAAGUUUGCUAUACGAAAGUUUUUUCCUGUAAUCAAAGUGAAGCCAUUUGUUUAUGCAGAUGAAACAACCGACAAAAAUAUCUACAAAAUAUCUAUCGAAGUUGUCAAUCCUUUUCACAUUGAGAUCUCAUUAAGCAAGAUUAAGUUGACCUUGAGAAAUGCUUUUGGCGAAAAAGUCUACUUUACAUGCUUCAACAAAAUUCUUUCAGCUUCCGCUGAAUCCCAAACAAUUGACUUAACAACAAGAAAUAUUGUAUUUGGCGAGUUUGCUGUUGAAGAUCUCACUUUGCAUAUGGGUAAAAACCUUGUUCUCAGCACAGUGUUUGACGCUCCAAUUCUCGAUACAUCCUCACAAGUACCUCAAACAAGCUUGCAAGACCAGCUGCGUAUCUUGAUCUAUCAAGAUUGUCGCAAACUAUAUGGUCGCUUCCGAUGUGCUACUCAGCGCAGUCUUUUAGAGAAAUCGGUCUUGUUGAGUUUAACAAAUGGAAAAUGUGAGAUUGAUGCUUUGAAAGUUGUCAUAACAUCACCUGAUGCCAUUGUUGAGUUCCCAACAUGUACGUUUCACACUGAUGCUCUAUCGCCGCAAGAGACCAAAACAAUUAGUGUACAAUUUAGAGCCCCCGAGAAUCACAAGAGAAUACAUUUCCAAGCUCAAUGCAGUUAUCAAAUCGAGCAAGAGACUUUUUCUUUUCAGAUUUUGGAAACCAUCGAUAUCUCACUUUGCAUUUCCAUUUCAGUGCAAGAUGUGUUCAAGUCCGAUCUUUUGUUUUCCAAAUUCCAAGUAGGUACUGUUGAUGGAAAUGUUCCCAUAAGGAUAUUAUCGCAUAGUCUUGAAAAUGACAACUAUGAAAUACGCGGGGGAUUGCAAGAAUCUAGCGUUGUUGUUUAUGAUGAAAAGCCUGCAUCUCUAAUCUAUCGUAUACGACAAGCAACAGACGAACUUAAGAAACUUGCAAAGGAAGAUCUUGGCUCACUCAAAUUAUCAGUAAAGUACAAAAGCAUAAAGGAGGAAGCGGGAGAAGCUUUAGCGGGUCUUGUCAGACAGCAUUUGGUUGAGCUCGACAUGUUGAAAUAUUGGUUGCUUUUGCAGGAUACAAUUUUGCAUCAAGCUCAGCUUAAUUUGAUACGAUUUUCAACUUCAAACGUGGUCGAGAUUACCAAUAAACAUAGUUUAAUACUACUGGCAGAGCGUGUAAUUGUGCUGCACGUAGAUAGUGAGGCAACUCAAAAAACAUUAAUUGAACUAUUGGAAACUAUUACAGCCAAAUCUGAAAAAAUAGAGUCCAAAGGUUCUGAUGGAAGCUUUGAAGUUCUCACUAUUGAUGUUUCAGUACCAUCGCUCCAGUAUCUCCAUACUAUUGAAUUUCAAACUCCAGAAAAAGUUGUGAUGGUUGGCGACCCUUUUCUUGUCAAACUCAGUAUUGACUGCACAACAAGAUGGAAAAAUUCACAAGGAGCCAAUAGCUUUACAAAUGGGAGUACUAAUAUCAAUAAUGGAAGCGACUUUAGUAUCAAAGAUGAAAAACAUGCUGAUCUUGCCAAUUUGGACUCAUUUGUUCUUGAAAUUGUUCAGACUAAUGAUUUCUUACUUGAUGGAAUGUCAAGUUGUGUCUUUAGCGUUUCUAACAGCGGAUUUACGCAUUUCGAAUAUGAGCUCACGCUUAUACCUUUGACAGUAGGUAAAGUGAAAUUUCCUAGAGUUAAUGUGAUACCUUUUGGUAAGACAGCAGAUAUUGCGUACUCGGAUACGCAUUUGAUCAACGCACAAGAGGUGCUUACUGUUGUUCCAUUUACUGAAGAGAUUGCUCUUACGUUUUAG